GUGAUUGCAUGUAACUUAUCAACCAGAGCAGCAUUUACUUUACAUCUUAGCCUAGUAACGUUAGUUAUUCAUAUUAUAAUAUGUAGUUUGGUGAUCUAUUAUUUUUUUAUUUGUUCUUCUCUUUCUCUGCAGGUUCCUUAAUCCCUCACCUUUAAAAAAAAAACAGCACCUCAUUACAUUAAAAAGGCACUUUUAAGAGCCACAUUUGUCUUGUAUCUUGUUACUCUCUUUACUGUUGUAUUGUUUUCUCUCUCUUGCUGUCUUACUGUCUCCCCCCCCCCCAUUCCUCUGAGUGUGGUUUUUGUUUGUUUGUUUUGUCUUUUUUUUUGUCCGUGUGUUUAUAGUGUGUUUAUCUUUUGUGCCAUGUCUGAUCCUGAGAUGGACUGUCUCCUAAAUGAGAUGAGUGACCUUGUCGAUCAGGCUGAACAUCAAGCUCACCUCCAACAGCUCAUUAGCAUGCACCAGGAAGCAGAACCAUCCACCAGUCAGCCUUCCACCCGUAAUCCAUCCACCAGCCAGCCAUCAAACAGCAAGCAAGAUGUUAGGUGGAUUAAGAGGGACAGUGAUGGAAACAUUAUUUACAGCAGGCCCAGAUCAUCCCGGAAACAAGCAGGUCCCAGUCACAGCCAGAGUCGAAAGACUGGUGUCUCUCAUAUCAGGGCUCCGGAAACCAGUGCGGAAAUGACCAGUGACUUUCUUUCCAUUACUGCAGAGUCCUUCCUUCAAGAGCUUAAAAGCUCAUUGUUUGAGGACAUACAUGAGGAUGAAACGGCACUUCAAGCCUCAACAGACUGGUUGACCCGAAAGAGCCUCAUAUCAGGGUGGUGGGAGAAAGAGAGACCCCGACUGGUCAACACCAUGGUGGCUCGACAACAUGUGGCAAAACGGAUCUGCCAACAUUGUGGAAAUGGUCCAGCCGUUAUCCGUUGUUGUGACUGCCGACCACACCCAUUCCUCUGUGGCCAGUGUGAUGUCAGGGUCCACCGAGGUCACGUGUUCCACAACAGGGAUUCGAUGACCCAUGCAUUCUUUAAUCCAUUGCCUCCCACAACUUGUGUUGUGGAGAGGGUUCUAACCCAGUGUGAGCGUCUUGUACCUUUGGAGAUGCCAGAGACAAUAUGCGGUUGUCAACGAGUAUCGUCCAGUGUCAUCGCAGGACAGUCCAUAGUUGUGGUUACAAUGAAUGGGCGAUAUGAUCUCAGAUUGCCUCAGAUUAGAUGCAAAGCAUGUGAAGCCACUUGGAGUCCUGGAGUGGAUGACCUGAUCCGUAAUGACUACUGGCCGGCCACUUCUCACUAUUCAACUGUGUAUGCAACAGAUGUCCUUUUUUCUUUUGAAGAGCUGAAGAUGGCAGCACCAGGGAUAUCUAGCCAAGCAUUUCUUAGAAUGCUGGAUCAACGCACUGUUCGCUUUGGCCGUCAGUUUGCACUGAGACAUUUCUGAAAAAAAAAAACCCAGGUCAUUCUGAAGAUCUCAACUUCAACUCCA